AUGCAGUUACAACGCGACCUAUUGCAUGGGCGCCUCUACUGCCCACAAAAUCAGUCUGCUGAAUUGGCAGCUCUCAUUUUACAGGCACAGCUGGGCGACUACGACGAAUCUGUGCAUGUUGGAAACUAUGUAUCUCAGUACAAGUUGCUUCUGAAACAGACACCUCGUUUGGAAGAAAGAAUCGCAGAAGAACACAAGUUGUUACGGUUAGUUUUAUGGUCCAACAGGAAAAAAUAUACAAGUGGUGCGUCAAUCUUGCCCUCGCAGCCGGCGAUUAGAUUGCAUCCGUGGGAAAGAUUUGGCAACGGCUCACUGGUGUAG